AUCUCCUCAUACACCCCGCCCCCACCCUGCAUCCCAAUCCCAAUCCCGCCCCGGCCUCAGCUUUCCCGAUGCGAAUCUUCAUCACCGCCAUCGACCGCGAAGUUCAGACGCUCGAUAUCGACUCGAGCAUGACCCUGCGUGACCUUUCCCCUCUGAUCGAAGCUGAUCUCGGCAUCCCAGUCGCGGAGCAAAUCAUCGUCGUCAACGGCGUUGCCCUGAGGGAUAUGGACCGGAGCCUCAGCGCCCUCGGCAUUCUGCAAGACACCAUCCUGCUCGUCUCGCGCAAGGCUUCCCAUCAGCCGGCCACCCCUGGCUCCACAGCCUUUGCUCCCGGGAAUGAGAUCGAGGCCCUCCGACAACAGAUCCUGUCGAGCCCGCAGCGCCUGGCACAGCUGCGUGCGCAAAACCCGCAACUAGCCCAUGUCCUGGUCAACAACCCAGCUGAAUUCGCACGGCAGCUCCGCCUCAUCCAGCAGCAACAGCAACAGCAAGGCCCUGAUAUGUUACCUCCUGGUGUCGAUCUUAUGGAUGCCUCUGUGCAGCGUCGCAUCGAGGAGGAGAUCCGUCAAAACAACAUCAAUCUGAACCGUGCGGUAAGAGUGGACACUGCCGGCUGACUCCGAAAGCUGCCAGGACUUGCAAGGAGGAUGCCCUGGUGGUCGGGAUCGUGACGCUGACGACAUUGCCUGCGCCAAUGCACUUUUUGCCCACCCUUUCGGCUGACAGACGGCGAUGGAGUUCCAUCCG